GUUUCAGACGUGCUUUCCUGUCUGCUUAGUCGGGAUCAAGUGUCGGUCCCAGCGGCAGAGCCUUGUCGUGCUGCAGGCCACGGGAGAAUCAGCCGAGAUGCUUAAAAAACCCACCGCCCUUGUAAUUGGCUUGUCUCUCUGCUCUUCAUCUGUGCCGUUUUGUCCAGGAUCACAUUUAACGAACCGUGAAAGAAAAAGCCGACAGGAAAACAGCACAUAACGUUUUAGAGACUCUUGUCUCUCUGUUACCAAAAAGAAAAAAGAUGUCCUUUGGGUGAUCUAAUUCCCACUGCAUUUCUAGUCCUCCCCCCCCAAUAGCUUUUGUUUUCUAACACAGUGGUUGCCUGGAGAAAAGCUGCUUGGCACUGUACUUAGAGUAGAGGUUUCUACUGGUGUAAUUACACCAGUGCAGGCACACAAGGGCAAAUUGCCUUGAUAUAGAAAAACUCCAGUGCAGCUGAGUUGGAAAACCUCAUGUAAGAAGCAGUCCUACUUCUACUCCAGGACACAGGGUGGCCUCUGCAGCUAAAUUUUUUUAAAUUAAUGUUUUACUUCCUAGUAACUCUCAUGAAAGCAGUGUCCUAACACAGUGCGUGUUCUUAGCCAAGUGUUAGCAACUUUCUCUUAGCUGCUGUGAAAACUGCCUUCCUUCCUGCCAAUGGUAAAGGAUUUCCUGCAGGAAAACUGAAAGAAUCAAGCGGUUUAAAAGAUGUAGUCAGAAAGAGUUUAGGCAAUAAAUAGCAGGGGCAAAUAUAAGGGAGUCUAGAGCCUAGGUACACUGCUUUGGGGAGUCCAAAACUGUGGCAGUUAAAACAAUACUUGGCCCCAAAUCAAGCUAUUUCAUAUCACGACUGGGCUUCUAGUAGAUGGUUACUGAGCCCUGGGAGCAUAAUUUUGUGAUUGUGAGAUGGUCCCUUUAGACAGACAUGCACUUUUCUAUUCUUCCUUUGAUCCACAUGGACAGUACAAAGGUUAGUGCUGCUUCAAGAGUCCAAGGUUUAUUAUCAUGGCUUGCAGUUCAUGCAGAGAAGCAUGGACUUUCAACAACCAAAAGGAUAAUGAUGUCGAGUGUUAGAAAGAAAGGGGUGGGGGGGCUUUGGGGGAACUGAACACUUGAUUGGAAUUUUCAAAUAUUAAAUAAUCAUUGGACUGUUGAACUACAACAGCCGGCAGAAAGCCCAUAAUUAUUUUUAAUAAUAGAUAUCUGCUGCAGGCUUAUUUUAUCUUUGGAUUUGACAUAGGAGCAUCGUGUCAGCUCUUAAUCCUUCUCUUCUGUAGAAAAUUAUUGGUAAGUUACUAGUGUGCCUGGUAUCUUUUUGUUGCAUGGUGCUAUUUUAUAUAUUAUGCUUAUGAACUUUAUUAGCUAACUUCCAAUAAGCUGCUUAGUUCUUGUAUGUUUUAUUUCUUAGUAAAAUCCUAAAUUUACUGGGGGAAAAGCAACAAAGGAAAUAGUGGGCUUAGAAACAAGGAACUGGGGAAGAAAGGGAGAAUGAGAAAUCCCAAAUGGUUUAAAUUUCACUCAUCCUAGACAGCUUCUUUUCCAGCUAAGCACACAAUGUCUUCUGGAGACAACAAGCAACUUCAGACACUCACUAAACCAGCACUCCAUGAAAAGGAGGCCAUUGAAUUGACUGAGAGGGUAUUUGGAUUAAAAGUGUCAGAGAUCAGAGCACUCCCCAGCUAUGAUGAUCAGAAUUUUCAUGUGCGUGUUACAAGGAAGGAAGGAAUAGAAGAUUGUGCCGAUGAUUAUGUCCUCAAAAUAAUCAACUCUGAAGACAGCCAGAAUCCUGAACUCAUUGAAGUGCAGACGCGGAUCAUGAUAUUUCUGAAUGCUGAAGGGUUUCCUUCAGCUGUGCCCCAUCUGACUAAAGAUGGUAACAUCAUGUCUCUAGAAUCAAUAGGUACUGGGUCCCUGACAAAAAAGUAUAUGGUGAGACUGCUGACCUACCUACCUGGCACACCUCUGGCAAAGUGCCCUACCAAUCCUCAGAUUUUGUAUGAGAUUGGAAAGCUAGCAGCUAGACUGGACAGAGUUCUUUCAGAGAAAUUCCAUCAUCCAUUAGUAAAAAGUCUUCAUCGAGGGAAGUUCAUUUGGAACUUGGCAAAUGUUCCUCUUUUGGAUCAGUAUAUUCAUGCCCUGGGCCAGAGCGAAUAUCGUGAAGUUGUGAGCCAAGUAAUUCAACAGUUUAAAGAGAAAAUCUUACCCAACCUAAGCAAUUUUCGAGCCUGUAUCAAUCAUGGGGAUAUUAAUGACCAUAACAUCUUGGUGGAUUCCAACCCUGCAUCUUCUCUUGAGACUGCACAGUACAGAGUGUCUGGCAUUCUGGAUUUUAGUGAUAUGAGCUACGGUUACUAUGUAUUCGAAGUAGCCAUAGCAAUCAUGUACAUGAUGAUUGAGAGCAAAGAUCCUCUCAGCGUUGGAGGACAUGUGCUCGCAGGGUUUGAAAGCAUUGUGCCAUUGACGCCAGAGGAGAGAGGUGCCCUCUUCCUCUUGGUGAGCAGUAGGUUCUCUCAAUCGCUGGUAGUAGCGGCUCACACUUUGCAGUUAUAUCCUGAAAAUCAGGAAUACUUAAUGAUCACAGCCCGAGUGGGAUGGAAGCACUUAGUCCAACUGUUUGAGGUGGGCCAAGAAGCGGUUGAGAAGAUCUGGUUUGAGACUGCAGACACCUAUGCCCAUGCUGCCCGGGCCUAGCUUGUAUAUUUCCACUGAGGAGAUAACGCACAGGGAUGUAAGGAAACCUGCAACUUGCAGUGCUGGGACUAGAUUGCAGUUAUUAAAUGUAGGUGUGACAGAGGCUAUA